GCUGUGUCUUGGGUGCUGUUCUCCAACGCGUAACCCCGGUAAGAGCAGGUGACAGAAGGAGGGGAGCAGUGAGCGCCCCAGCAGGGAGUCGUUUGGCGAGUAGUAGGCAGGCCUGCAUUCCGGGGCACGCAGGCUCGGACUGUACAGCCCCACGGCCUGGCAGGAUCACUCAGCGCGGUGGAUCUCAGGAGCCGGCUGGGAGUCACCGCCAUGGCUGUAGGCAACAUCAAUGACUUGCCAGAGAACAUUCUACUGGAACUGUUCACCCACGUCCCGGCCCGCCAGCUGCUGCUGCGCUGCCGACCUGUCUGCAGCCUCUGGCGGGACCUCAUCGACCUGGUGACCCUCUGGAAGCGCAAGUGCCUUCAAGAGGGCUUCAUCACCGAGGACUGGGACCAGCCCGUGGCUGACUGGAAGAUCUUCUACUUCCUACGCAGCCUCCAGAGGAACCUCCUUCACAACCCUUGUGCUGAAGAGGGAUUUGAGUUCUGGAGCCUGGACGUGAACGGAGGAGAUGAAUGGAAGGUGGAGGAUCUCUCCAAAGACCAGCGGAAGGAAUUCCCCAAUGACCAGGUCAAGAAAUACUUCGUGACUUCCUAUUACACCUGCCUCAAGUCCCAGGUGGUGGACCUCAAGGCUGAAGGGUAUUGGGAGGAGCUGAUGGACACCACCCGACCGGACAUCGAGGUCAAGGACUGGUUUGCGGCCAGGCCAGACUGCGGGUCCAAGUACCAGCUGUGCGUCCAGCUCCUGUCGUCAGCGCACGCACCCCUGGGAACGUUCCAGCCGGACCCGGUGAUGAUUCAGCAGAAAAGCGAUGCCCGGUGGAGGGAGGUUUCGCACACGUUCUCCAACUAUCCGCCCGGCGUCCGCUACAUCUGGUUUCAGCACGGAGGCGUGGACACUCACUACUGGGCCGGCUGGUACGGCCCCAGGGUCACCAACAGCAGCAUUAUCAUCGGGCCCCCGCUGCCCUGAUGCCUCCCGAACCCCAACCCUCGGAGCCCUAGUCGGUAAACAGUCAGAAAGGGCCAGGCUUGGGAAAGGGAGGAAGGCGGAAGUCUGUCACUCCUGGACCUCCUUGUUAGCUGUUGCCCCCAGCUGCCUCUGUGUGUGGCACUUCUAAAGUCUGGGCUACCCUCCUCUCUCUAACCCUCCAGCAGAGCUGCCCUCUAAGGGUGCAGUGCCUGAGGUUUCCAGCUCGGAUGCUUGCCUAGACCUCUCUCUGCCCCUGACCUCUCUCCCUGUUCUCCUUAAGGGCCCUUAGAGCAGAGACAGACAACAUAUCUGACAGGUUUGGAGACUGCCUUUCACGAUGCAGACGUCAUAAGGCAGCUCUGGGCUGGAAGGCUCUGCUGGCAAGUCCUUAGCCUGGUUGACAGCUGCUGCUUUGGGCUUUAGAAGUCAGGCCUGGUACCAGAAAGGUAGGAUCAGACUGUCCUGGUCAUCAGCAAAAGCCCAAAGCCAAGGUGGGUACCAAAUGAGUGCAGGACUCCCCAGAGGACUCCAGAUGAGGGUCAGAAUGGACCAGGAUUUUGCAAGCUGGGAUGGGGAAACAGUGGAAGGACCCGGCCAAGUUCUCUGUGGCUGGGAGCCAUCCCAGCCCAAUCUGUAGGAGCAUCAAUUCACACUCCACCCCCUGCUCCCAGCACUACUCCACCCCUCCUGUUACAUAGCCAAAUAAAAUGUU